AUGGCGUCUCCUUAUCCUGGAGCGAUGCAGGCGAUUUUGCAGCAGCAACCAGAUCUUAUUCAUCAGUUUUACUCUGAGUCUAGUAGAGCGAUCCGUGUUGAUGGAGAUUCCAGUGAGACUGCCAAUACUUUGCUGCAUAUUCAUAACAUGGUCAUGUCACUGAAUUUUACGGCGAUUGAAGUGAAGACGAUCAAUUCAGUUGAGUCAUGGGAGGGUGGUGUUCUUGUAGCGGUUUCAGGCUCUGUGAAAACUAAGGAGUUUAGCAACAGAAGGAAUUUUAUGCAGACCUUUUUUCUCGCUCCGCAGGAAAAGGGUUAUUUUGUUCUCAAUGAUAUCUUUCAGUUCAUUGAUGAUGGAUCUGUCUUCUAUCAUCAGCCUUCUUAUUUAUCCGAAAGUAAGCACGAGGCUCAGCUAAAUCCUCCAAGCCCUCAUCCGGAACCCCAAGUUCCUGACUAUGUUCUGGAGCAAGAGGCGAGAGAUUACGUGAACUCAGUCCAAAUCAAAGAUGAUCUUGUCGAUAAGUACAGUCUGCAAGAAGAGCAACAUUAUCAGCCACAGGAAGAAGACUAUGAGGAUGAAGGUGCGGUUGAGGAAACAGUAAGGGAUGAAGUUGUGGUUGAUGUAGUGCAUGAACCUCGGGCUGCACCAGCAGAAGAGCCUGUUGGUGAGAAGUCGAAGAUGAGUUAUGCUUCCAUUUUACGGGUUGCAAAGGAAGCAGCAGCUGUGCCUGUAGCUGCUACACAGCCAUCAUAUAACAAGAGCUCUCAAGAUACUAAUGAGUGGGAUCAACCACAGCGAACACCUUCCCCCCAGGUGGCUGCUCCUCUUGCCCCUCCUCAGCAAUCAAACGUUUCUUCUCCGUAUGUUAGUGACUAUGGUGCAGAGAUGGAAGAUGGCGCGGGAUUUGAAGACUUCGAGUUCAAAUCGGUGUACGUGAGGAAUUUGCCUUCCAACAUAUCUGCUUCUGAAAUCGAGGAAGAGUUUAAGAACUUUGGCACAAUCAAGCCUGAUGGUGUUUUCCUCAGAACCCGCAAGGAUGUUAUCGGCGUUUGCUAUGCUUUUGUUGAGUUUGAGGACAUGACUUCCGUCGAGAAUGCUAUUAAGGCUUCUCCUAUAUACUUGGGUGGAAGGCAAGUGUACAUCGAGGAACGAAGACCCAAUCCCGCUGGUGUUCGCGGAGCAAGAAGAGGAGGACGUGGAAGGGGAGGUUACCCAACAGAAGCACCAAGAGGCCGGUUUGGUCCCCGUGUGUCCGGUAGAGGAAACCAAGACGGAAGUGACUACAGGCCAAGAGGUAACGGUUACUACCGUGGUGGCCGCUAA